ACUAUGACUCUCUUUUGAUAUAAUUAAAACGUAUUAUGCAAUAUCAAUAGAUAAGUUCACAUAAAUUCGGUGGUUUAUAUAAAUUCAAUGAAUUCCAGAAAUUAGAUCCCGCUAGCUCCUCAUAUACUGAAAUCUUUAAUCCAAAAAAAAAUGAAAAAAUGAUGAUUUCUCGACAUAGAUUUUAAUAUAUUUGUAUGUAUCUGAUGAUUUAAUGGUGCCAAUGUUUUUUGAAACAGCUGAGCUCUACAGCCAGACAGAUGCUGUCGUCAUUCUGCGUGCCGCCACCACCUCAUGUUGUAGACAUGGUGCAUAUCUCUAGCACACAUAAAAUAUUAUUAUACAAGAAGAAGAGAUAUCACCAUAUUUAAUCGAUAGCAUCUUAAUGUGAAAAUAAUCACGAAUAACUAAAGUUAUCAUCGAAAAAAUUUUGAUAAAAACAUAAUUCCUCUUCAAUCGAAGGUUGAAAAAAAACAGACAAUUCCGAAAGAACAUACUAAUCUAGUCUAUGAACUAUCUUCAAAUAAACUGUCAAAUAUUAGAAAUAUUUUUUUGCUUCAUUAUUUUUAGUUUGGUUUUACAUUUAUUAUUCAAGCUGAUUUUGAAGUUCCAUCUUCACGUCAAGAUAUAUUAAGUGAUAGUAUAUGGAAUCAAUUUCUACUUAAUGAAAUUCCAUUUGUCUUUCUUUCAUCUCUUGAUGCUUUUUAUCAAGAACAAUCAUCUUUACCUAUUGAUCCUCUUCGUUUAUUUCUUUAUUUUCUACCAAAUGAAACUUCAAUUUAUAGUAAUAAUCUCUUUACACCAAUUUGUCGAACAAUACUUCGUUUAUUACGUUCUUGUCGAUUUCUACCUGUUAUUAAUGAUAAUAAUUUACAUAUGCCAAAUGAAUGUGUACUUAUAAAUGAUUUAACUAUAAAAGAAAUUAUAACACCUGAACUUUUAUAUAAUCAUCUUAAUUUAUAUUAUUUAAAAGAUGAUUUAUAUGAACAUGAAAAACAAUUAUAUGAACUUGGUGUACAUCGUCUUGGUCAUAAUGAAUUAAUUGAUUUUAUUAAACAAAUGUUUACUUCAGAAAUAAUAAUUGAAAAUAAAAGUAUUCUAUCAAAAUGGUUUUGUUGUUUAUAUCGAUGUUUAAAUGAACUUUCUUUAAUUGAUGAACAAAAAGUUUUAAAACAUAUUCAAUCAUUAAAAAUAUUUCCAUUAAAACAUUAUCAAGAAUUUAUUUCAUUAGAUCAUAUUAAUCAAAUUAUUUUUUUUCCAUCGAAAAAUAUUCAAUUACCAAUAUUAAUUGAACAUGAUUUAAUGAUUAUUAAUGAAGAAUUAUGGUUGAAUUUAGAAGAAAAUUCAAUUGAAAGAAUUCAAAUACAAACAUUACUUGAAAGACUUGGAAUACAACGUGUAACACAUCGUGCUAUUUGUGAACAACAUAUAUAUCCUAUUUUUGAAAAUGAAAAACUAUGGAAAGAAAAAUCAUCAGAAGUUCUUAUUGCUUAUGUUAUGUAUAUUUUUGAUCUAUGGUUAAAACAGGUAAGCUUACAAAUAUGA